GACUGUUGAAACAAUCAACAUAAAGCUAAUUAAAAGCCUUAUUGGUGUAUACAGCAGUGUAUUUUAUUAUAAAGUAAGGCAAAAAAGUAUAUUGAAUAGUGCCGAAAUUCUAUCAAUUUGAGUAUCAAAAUGUCUACACAAGAUACUAUUCAAAGACGUCAUUCGAACUUUCAUAUGGAAUCUGUGUCGAGAAUUACCAAUUUACCAAUUGUUGAGACUGGCAUAAAAAUAGCUAGCAAUGUUUACAAUAAAAUGAAGCGUUCUAAUUCAUUAAUCAAUUGGAGUCUUGGUACAGCAGAACAUUCUCUUGAAUUUGCUACUGAAUCAGUUAAACCAGCAAUAUUGAUGUUUAAUGGACCUAUUUCUUCAAUCGAUCAUUUCUUUUGUCAGGGUAUCGACAUCAUGGAAGAACGAGUUCCAUAUAUUUAUUUGCCUCCACAACUUCUCUACACGAAUACACGAGAAUUCAUGAAUAAUAAGUUCGUGAGGCCAGUACUUAAGCGAGCCGGAAGUGUAAAGCAAAUAGGUAGUCAAGCUGCGAGCGUAGCUGCUGAUACCCUGGACGGUGCAUUAACUGUUGUUGACAAAUACGUUGACCAUUAUUUACCAGCUGUUGCCGCAGAUAAUGCAGUUGAAAAAGCUGAGGGAGACCCUAAAUUAAAUGUAAAGACAAGUAAAACAGCACGUACAAUUCAACAUGGUGCUAGGUUUUCUCGCAAAUUAAAAAAAAGACUCACUCGGCGAACAUUAGCUGAAGCACAAGCUCUCAAAAAUCAAGGCAUUGAGUGCGUACAUAUCCUCAUGAAUAUAUUUAAAUUGAUUGUGACAGAUCCAAAAAUGGCGUAUCAAAAAUCAAAAGAACUGUGGGCAGUAUUGAGUUUAGCAGAGCCAGAGAACCAAGAACGUCCUCAUACAAUUGAUCAACUUCUCGUUUUAUUAACACGUGAAUCAGCACGUAGAAUUGUGCAUUUGAUUAAUGCUACUACUGCAUUUGCUACAAGGACUCCUCGGCGCAUCAAAAUUAUUAUGAUGACAGUUUCACAUCAAUUGUUAUCCAUUGCAGAAGCCACUUUGAAAUUUCAGGUGGCUUCUAAAACUAAUAAAUGUGGUACACCAGAGUCACAAAUUUCAACUCUUGAAUCAACUAUAAAAAAUCUUAAUAGCACUAUAAAUAUUUUAUUGGAAAGAGCUGCUGUUUUUCUUGCUGGACGACCUAAAUCAAAAAAAUUAUCACCAUCUCAAUUACUUGGGCAAAAUCAUAAUAACCACACAAGUGCAUCCAUAUUACGUCCUUUGAACGGCAUCGAUUGAUAUUUCAACUAUAAAAAUAUUUAUCUUAACUAUUCUUUUAAUUAAUAUCACUACCACCUUCUGUUAAAAUAAUAAAUUAUAUAGAUCAUGUAAUGACAACAUAUAUAAAAAUAAAGAAUUAUUUGUUCAAAUUAAAUAAUAACAAAAA